AUGGCAUCAACACGAGAUGCACUGGAAUUUCCAGAGUCGGAUAGAUCAUUCUUAAGAACCUCAGCUCCCGCCAAAAGAUGGCUCAACCCCACGUCCAAAUAUGCCAUUCACGACUCUCACAUUCGCAACAUCCUUGAUUCAUCGCUUGCUCUAUCACCAGGCGCACGUACAGUCCUCUCGGGACCUCAGUCCAAAGCCAUGACGCACUACCUGCGCUCCCGCCAUGAUGGCAUCCUCAUCGGGGUUGGAACCGCCGUGGCGGACGAUCCUGGCCUUAAUUGCCGCAUCGCGGGGGUGGGAGGGUACGGCGGUGGGGGUCUAGAGGGUCAGCCGCGGCCGAUUGUAAUUGAUCCCUCUGCUCGGUGGGAUUUCUCGAAUGAUAGUAAGCUAUUUCAGCUUUGUACUCAAGGGCGUGGUCGGGCGCCUUGGGUCGUGACUACACUCCCAGAGCCACCGGCAGAAAAGAAGGCUUUGCUGGAGAAAUAUGGGGGGAUGUUCAUCAUAUUGGACAAGAUCGAUUGGAGUGAUUUGCUUGCUACGCUUCAUUUAAAUGGUCUUCGGAGCGUUAUGAUUGAGGGGGGUGCACAGGUUAUCAACUCUCUGCUUGAGCCAUCGAACAUGUCCCUGAUCGAUCGAGUCAUUAUCACGAUUGCCCCUACAUGGUUGGGCCAGGGCGGAGUGGUUGUUUCCCCUGCUCGACGCUUCGAUGGUGAAGGCAAAGCGAUCUCUGCGGCGAGAUUGACCAAUGUCAAAUGGUAUCCAUUCGGGGAAGAUGUGGUUCUUUGUGGUCAGAUUCGAGAAUAA